CACGGAAGAAGAAGAAGAAGGCUCCUUGCCUCUCAUCUUUACCUCCCCAUUCUUCCCCUCUACGAUCCAAAUCCCAGCGACCAUGGGUCCCAAUACCUCUACCGCGACCGCCGCGGUCUCCGCCCUCCUCCUCCUCUACCUCCUGGCCCUGGCCUCCGCCGCCACUGCCGCCGUCGACUCGGGCAUGUCCAUCCUCAGCUACGGGGAGAGGAGCGAGGAGGAGGUGCGCCGCCUCUACCAGGCCUGGAAGGCGCGGCACAGCCGGUCCUACAACGCGCUCGACGAGGACGAGCGGCGCUUCGAGAUCUUCCGCGACAACCUCCGCUUCAUCGACCAGCACAACGCCGCCGCCGACGCCGGCGAGUACUCCUUCCGCCUCGGCCUGACCCGGUUCGCCGACCUCACCAACGAGGAGUACCGCUCCACCUACCUCGGCGUCCGGACCGCUGGCUCCCGCCGCCGCCGGAGUUCCGCCGCUGGGAGCCAUCGGUACCAGUUCCGCUCCAGCGACGAGCUGCCGGACUCCAUCGAUUGGAGGGACAAGGGCGCGGUCGCGGAGGUCAAAGACCAAGGCAGUUGCGGGAGCUGCUGGGCUUUCUCGACGGUUGCGGCGGUGGAGGGGAUCAACCAGAUCGUGACCGGCGAUCUGAUAUCGCUGUCGGAGCAGGAGCUGGUGGACUGCGACACCUUCUACAAUGAGGGCUGCAACGGGGGGCUCAUGGAUUACGCUUUCGAGUUCAUCAUCAACAACGGGGGGAUCGAUACUGAGGAGGACUACCCUUACAAGGGCCGUGAUGGUAGAUGCGACCAGUACAGGAAGAACGCGCAUGUUGUUUCCAUCGAUUCAUAUGAGGAUGUUCCGAUAAAUGAUGAGAAGUCUCUGCAGAAAGCAGUGGCAAACCAACCUGUUAGUGUUGCUAUUGAAGGUGGUGGCAGGGCAUUCCAAUUGUAUGAAUCGGGAAUAUUCACUGGAUAUUGUGGUACCGAUCUGGACCAUGGUGUAACUGCAGUAGGCUAUGGCAGUGAGAAUGGCAAGGAGUACUGGAUUGUGAAGAACUCAUGGGGCUCAGAGUGGGGGGAGGCUGGGUACGUUAGGAUGGAGCGCAAUAUUAAUGCAGCCACCGGCAAGUGUGGUAUUGCAAUGGAGGCAUCAUAUCCCAUAAAGAAGGGCCAGAACCCACCCAAUCCUGGUCCAUCACCUCCUUCCCCUGUGAAGCCACCAACUGUUUGCGAUAACUACUAUUCCUGCCCAGAGAGCACGACAUGCUGCUGUGUCUAUGAAUUUGGACGCAACUGCUUUGCAUGGGGAUGCUGCCCGCUCGAGGGUGCGACCUGCUGUGAUGACCACUACAGCUGCUGCCCCCAUGACUACCCCAUUUGCAAUGUUGAGGAAGGAAUUUGCCUAAUGAGCAAGAACAAUCCACUGGGGGUGAAGGCUAUGAAACACACGCCCGCAAAGCCGUAUCAGGGUUACUCUGGCGCUCUAGGCAGGAGCAGUGCUUGAGAAGCACAUUGGUUGAUCGCGCAGCUAGAAGUAUGUACGUGAUGGAAUUAAUUCUUGACACUCUUGUGCUCUGUUAUAAAUUAAAGAUAGCUGUUCUGGGUAUUUCAUGAUGAUUAGAAGCUUUUGUACAUAUAUCUAAGUGUCAGUUGUCAGAUUACUUAAAGGGAAUUUGAGAGCUAAAUUAAUUAUAACAACUAUAAGCCAGUUCCAUUGUAAAAAAACUAGCAUCAAGCACAUUGGAUGCAAGCAUGAAUUUAUCUUGAAACAGAGCCCAAGAUGCAAGGGAAAUGUUGAUCACUAUUUUAUUUUA